AUGAGAAGUCCAGGAUAUUUUGAAAGUCAUUUCAUUUGUCGUAACCUUGAAGGUUAUUAUACAAACUUUAAUGUUAGUGCUAGAUAUAGUCGGAAACUUACUGCGGAAGUACUUUCCAAUGCAUUGCAGCAUCUCAUCAACAAUGAAAUUAUUUUAUCUUUAAAUUUCUUUAGAUGUGAAGGAUCUACUCGUCAAGAUGAUCAUUGUGCAAACGGCGCUAAUUUCGAAUUAAGAUCAGUAUCCAAUUUCAAGUUUAAUGAUGUAGUAUCUUUUGAAACAGUAGAUCGCAUCGAUGCAUCUGUUUUUCAAGACUUGAAUCUGCUCAUUUGUCCUGUAAAUGUGGAACUUCCCUUGUGGAGAAUUGUAGUAUAUGAACUGAAAGAAGAUGAUUCUCAACAUGUUUGUAUAUAUUUUGAACAUGCAUUAUUUGAUGGGAGUAGUGGUGUACAAUUCCAUCGUGAUAUAGCUUCUGCUUUAGAUCUCGAUGAUACUGCAACUACAGUAGUAGAGACUUUCUCCACGUCAAAAUCAUGCGAUUCCAUUCCCAAGGCAUGCGAGGAUACCACUGAUCUUUUUGAUGCUUCGUUACUGGCAAAAUUGUCAUUCUUUGCUCAAAAGUAUAUUCCUACUUGGACGUCAAAAAUAUACACACAUGUACAAAGUUUAGUCUAUCCAGCAGAACCGAAAUCACCAGAGGUAUUCAAAUACGGCUCAACUGUUUACGGUACCAAAAAUUAUGAACUUUUCCAUUUAAAUUCUAACGAUUUAAACAAAGUGGUAGAGUUUUGCAGGGAGAACAAAAUUGCAAUCACAUCCUAUGUAGCCAUCUUGAGUAAUCUCACAUUUACAGAAACGUUUUUGAAAGCACUCCCCAAUGAAUCAUCUGAUGAUGGAAUAUGGUCAACAUUAUGUUCUGUAGCUUUAAAUGGGAGAAGACAUGUCCCUCGAGAAAAGUUCCAAUAUGGUACGAUUGUCAUCCCUGAUUUGUUUAAGCUUGAACCAGUAUCUACCAACACCUCUCGUGAGAAGUUAAUUAAACAAAUGCAAGAUUUUCAUAAGAGAUUGCAUACAUCUGUAGAUGAGGCAACUUGUUUUCAGAGAGUUGGACUUUUCAAAUAUAUAAAUAAUUGGGACUUCUAUCAGGCCAAAUCUAAAUCAAUUGAUAGAUCUACCAUCCUGAUAUCAAAUUUAGGUAGUAUUUCAGUUAAUGGGAAAUGGAAAUUAUUGGAUAUGUGGUUUAGUCAGGAUUUAGGAUUGGCUAAUAAUUUUCUUUUCAAUAUGAUUUCCACACCAAAUAAUGGACUUAAUAUUGUUUUAUGCUACAGACCAGAGUUUGGACAAGUGCAAGAUAAGACUGGCGAGAUUGUGAUUGACUUAUUUGUAAAGAAUUUAUCUAGGAGAUUAGUUGAGUUUGCGAGGGGUUUAGAGAAUAAUUAG